AUGCAGCUCACAACCUUAUUCACCGUCUGCGCUGCCCUGACUAGUACCGUUACCGCAAUGCCCCAUCUCUCCGGGGCCUACCACGGUGCCCGCCUCUCUGUCCGUGUCCCUACCAAUGCCACUAGUUCCCACAAUGCGACUACAACGGGUACACGGGGCAAAGCUCCCCUGUCAACGGGAACGGCUCAUGGUAAUCGUGUGAAUGUCAAUCGGUGCCAUGAGCUGUGUUCUUUGCAGUCUCAGACUUGCUCGAUUGCUGUACCGGAUGAUGAUAAGUUUUGUUGGUCUGUUUACUUGCAAUGUACGGACAAGUGCGACCCUGAGAAUUUCAAGUAA